AUGGAUGCUCGUUAUCUAUUUCUAGAAACAUGCUAUAACCCUAUCCCUACUACAAAUGUGAAGAAAACAAAUCAACAAACUGGAAAAUCUUUUGCAUCUAUUGUUUCAAAUAAUGUUUGUGAUAUACCACUAAGUCAACUAUCAGCCCCUUGCCUUAAAGUCACAAUUGAAGCCAACAAAGCUGAUCACAUCAAUAUUAUAGAUCAUGAAGGCAUUGUUAAAAUCAGGGAAACAAAUGGAAGCUCCGAGGUUGAGUGUGUAUAUGCUACACAAAUUGAGGAACAAAAUGAUUUUAAUGCUAUCAUUAGUAAUGAUGAGUAUAAGGGUAGUCACACCCCUACUAGAACUCCUAUGAAUGAUUUCUUCAAUUGGUUUAUUACUAAUCAUUAUAUUCUUCUUCCUACAAUAGGAAAUAAGUAUACUUGGAAUAAUGGUAGAAAGGGGAGGCAGUUGAGUGAAGAAAGAUUGGAUAUAGUGGAUGUUAAAACAAUAGAAAAUAUGAGUUUUGGUGAUGUGAUUUCGUGGGACAAGUUACUGGAUUGGAUUUUCUCUCAUUAUAAUGCUAACACUAUUGUCCCUAUUACUAAAACUAAUGAUGCUAAGAGUUUAAAUCAUUUCAGGCCUAUUUCUCUUGCUAACUUCAUGCGUAAGAUAGUCACUAAGAUCAUUAUUGAUAGGCUCCCCACGAUUCUCUCAUUCUUGAUUUCCCUUAAGCAAAAAUGGUUUGUUACUGGUAGAAAUAUUAGAGAUAAUAUAUGCCUUACCUAUGAAGCUAUAAACCUCUUAAACAAUAAGAGUUUUGGUGGCAAUGGGGCUCUUAAGAUAGACAUUUAUAAAUCCUUUGACACCCUCAUUUAG